AUACAACAAACAAGCAAAUUUUAACGAGUUUUGCUUGCCGAUAUUCGAUAAUUUAUUCUUCCAACCACCUCGUAACGUGAAUGCGUCGCCAAACUACCAGUUGCGUUAGCUGCUUGUGAAAUUCUGCCCCGUGUAAGCAGCCUAGCAUCGCCUACAGGGCCAAAGCCCCGUCGCCCCGUCGCACUUGCCGAUGCGUCAAACUGCGAAUGUAUUUUCCCGAUGACAUGCGUCGGUGCGCGAGUGUGUGAAAAGCAAGCUGCAAAAAUUGCCGGGAAGUGUGGUCCGCGUUUUGGCUGAACAGGAACAACGAAUGUGGUCGGGCACACCUUGUUCCGAAGCGAACCGUUUUGCACAGGAAACAGCAUAACGGGGUGGAGCAGCGAACGAUUGCGGCGGAAAGGUAAUAGCGUGUCGAUUCUUGUUUAUUCCGGACACCGAUCGGAAACGCUGCCGUGUACCAACGCCUCGGCCGGGCGCGUGUGUGUGUUGUGCGAUUUGUAGUGUACAGUUUUGCCUGCAGCGAGCUGGUCCUGUGUAUAGUUCGCUAGCGUAGAGUUUUAUUUCCUCCGCUCCGGAAGUUCUCAAGAUCUGUGGAUCAAGUUGGCGUUCCGGUAAAUAGUGCGUUUGCAUCUCGGAAGCUACGGCACCCGCGUUCGUGUGGUAAGAUAGUGGUGGCAAGUGUUUGUACGUGUGUGUGCAUCCGGCGGCAGUACGGGCAGUGUAGCGAGCCGUCGUUGCUCGGUGUUUUUUUUUUUUUCGCUUCUCCCUCUUCAAUGUGUUUGUCGUGUGCCGUCUGUGACAGCAAUCUUUUUGUGGCGCGUGCUGGCGAAAAAUAACAAUCAAAACCGGCUUGUGGUUUUGUGGAAACGCCGAACGCAAACACACUCACACCAACCGCGCGCUCGCUCGAGUGGUUUUUGCGAUAAGUUGCAGUUCUACACACACACACAGGCGCGCGUUUUUUUUUUCGUACGGUGGCAACAACAGUGGGCGGUGAGCAGCAGCAUCGGUAACAAUGGGCGCCUACCUUUCGGAACCACUGACGGUGAAGGAUUCGAGCGAUGAGGCCAACGAAUUCAUGGCUGUUGGGUCCAGCUCUAUGCAAGGCUGGCGCAUCAGUCAGGAGGACGCUCAUAAUUGCAUACUGAAUUUCGAUGACAAAAGCUCAUUCUUCGCCGUGUACGAUGGGCACGGUGGGGCCGAGGUGGCCCGCUACUGCAGCCUGCAUCUGCCCGCCUUUCUGAAAACAGUCGAAGCGUACACCGAGCAAAACUUCGAGAAAGCGCUGAAGGAUGCAUUCCUCGGGCUGGAUGCGACGCUGCUGAAGGAGAAGGUGAUCGAGGAGCUGAAGCUGCUCUCAAACAAAACGAACGAUGAGGACGAAGCGGACGAGGAGGAGGAAGAGGAGGAGGACGACAAUGUGGAGGAUCUGUGCAAGGAGGCGGUAAUGCCACUGAACGAGGUGUUACAGAAGUAUCGGAAGGAUGGCAAAACGGUCGAUGGGUCAAAUCAGCGGGUUCAGGCCAUUAAGGAGGGCAACUGUUCCAAACCGAUAUCACCGUAUCUGAAGGGGAAACGGCGCGCUGUCGCUGAUGCGUCCGGUGCAGGCGGAUCCAGCGAGAAAAAAACGCCUGCCGUCGCGGAAGAUGAUGCUGAUUCCGAUGCGGAAGCGGAUCCCGCUGCUGAAGCGGACGCUGACAGUAAGCCGGUGGCGGUGAAAGGUGAAUCCAACGUGCCGGAUGCGGCUGAUUCGACCGUAAGCAGCUCGAGCAACAAAACGGUGGAACGUGUAAAGGAAGCCACACCACAGCCGGAACCAUCGUCGUCGUCGUCGUCGUCCACUGUAAAAGCUUCUCCGGGCAAGAGUGAGCCGGAUGCACCGGGUAGCAGCGCAAAGAAGACAGCAGAUCAGAGCGAUGAAAUCAGCGAUACUGCUGGCAAUGUGGCGGUCAAGGUGGACGACGGUGCUGGUGAGGAUGUGGCAGCACCGGGCAGUGCGCCCGCUCCCAGCAAGGACAACUGUGCCCCGGACAGCUCGUCGUCGGACGGUAACAAACAGCAGGGAAACAAUAAGCUGAACGGUGACGUUGGUAAGGUGGGCUCAUCCGGUGCCGUAUCCUCGUCGUCGUCGUCGUCUGGUUCGGCGGGUCAAGAGAAUGGUGUGGCUGGGUCGGGUAGCUGCGACAGUGGGGCCAACAGUGUGUCGCCCGCCACGGCCAAGGUACACAGCAGCUCGACUGCCUCGAAACCAGCGCCGAAAAAUGGCCCAUCCGCGGCAGAUGUUUCGAUGUGUAUGGAUGAUACGGACGAUGACGACGACAGUGAUUCGGACGAGGAGUUUCCGCACGCUGAAGAACCGACCGAUGAUACGUCCACCACGGACGAAGGUGAAGAGGAUGCGUACGGCGAGGAAGGCAGUGCCGAGGAGGAUGAAGAAGAGCCCGACGAGUACGCCGAUUUGGGUGACUACAUCAACGAGGAGGACGCCGAGUUCAUGAAAGCCAUCACCGACGAACCGGGCAAGGAUAGUGGCUGUACGGCGGUGGUUGCAUUGCUGCACGGAAAGGAACUCUACGUUGCUAAUGCUGGCGAUUCUCGGUGUGUCGUGUGCCGAAAUGGAAAGGCGCAGGACAUGAGCUUCGACCACAAGCCGGAAGACACCAUCGAGUUCGAGCGGAUAGAAAAGGCUGGCGGACGGGUAACGCUGGACGGCCGUGUCAACGGAGGAUUGAAUCUAUCGCGAGCUAUCGGUGACCAUGGUUACAAAAUGAACAAAUCACUCCCACCGGAGGCACAGAUGAUUUCCGCCCUGCCGGACAUCGAGAAGAUCACAAUCGGGCCGGAAGACGACUUUAUGGUGCUGGCGUGCGACGGUAUCUGGAACUUUAUGACCAGCGACCAGGUCGUACAGUUCGUCCAGGAACGCAUCCACAAACCGGGCAUGAAGCUGUCGAAAAUUUGCGAAGAGCUGUUCGAUGUUUGUCUAGCGCCACACACACGAGGGGACGGUACGGGCUGCGACAACAUGACGGCCAUCAUCGUACAAUUUAAGCCGAACUUUACCGGCGCCGCUUCACGGAAACGUACCGCAUCGAGCUCGGUAGCGGGCGGCACCGUCGAUGAUAGCGACGCCGUAUCGUCUGCCACAAAGAAGGUAAAAACCGAUGUCGCGAGUGCUGAUGACGCUUCCUCCACGACGACCGACAGCAGUAAUGGAGUGGUGCCGGCCGGUAAGGAAGCAGCCGAUGCCACUACCACCGACGAAACGGAAGCGGCCGCAGCGGUCGCUUCGAUCGCGGACGAUGCCACACCCGCCGAUGCUGCCGCCGCCAGCUCAGAAGCAGCAUCUUCCUCGACGUGAACGUGCUCGGAACCAACUCUUGAUGGUAGCGAUGGUUGGUUCGAUGGUCGAGCAAAAGCAAAACAACAGAACGUAAAAUAGCACCCCUAAACAAUCUCUCACUAAGGGGGUUUGUGCCGGGGGCGCGUAUGCGUCUGUUUAGUACAUAGAAAUUUCGCAAUUCAUUUACAUUACACCCAUCAUCUCCUGUUUUCAAAGAAGGAAAAAGUACGCGCAGGUGCGUCGUUGGCCAAAAACAACCAAAAUGGGCGCCCGUAGGAAGAAAGGGAAAUAAAAGAAAGUCUGCUAAAAACAUAUAAAAAGAAGCCCCAGUUAUAAAAGAAAACCCCCCCGUUCGUCUUUCGCGAACGCAACAACCCCACACACUGUUGUGCCCACCCCAAUGAAGGGCUAACGGAUGGAGAGAAGGCUUUUUACCUCAGGAUUACUCUUGUUUGUUUUUCGAUCACUUAUGUUUCAGUAUUUCCUACAAAAAGAGGCAAAAAGAUUAAAUAGCCGCUAGAUAUAUGGCUGAACCACAGGAGAAGGAGGAGAAAGGAAAAGGAUGGCAGGGUGUGUUAGUUUGUAGUUUUCCUACUUUCUUUUUUAUUUAUCAACACACACACACACACACGCUAGCGCGAUAAGCGAAACGAAGAAAGGUAAUACAAACGCUGCGCUCGGAAUCAGUAAAAGUCGCCAUAAAUGCUGAAAAUCGCCCCAUAAAGAAUACAAUCGUCUUUACUUUUGAAUGGCGAGGCGGCUUGGCGAUUGUGCUUCGAUUGCCACGGUACGCAACAAUUCCAGCCCGACAUAUGUGUAGAGCACCGCUGUUUUUUUUUUACUCUCAUCGUCUAUAUGUGUGGUUGGUUGUACAUGGAUAGGAAGAGUGGUAGAGCCUUCGAGGGCGUAACAGAUCUAAGAACCCCCCCCCCCCAGCAAGAAACUUAGUGAAGAACCUUAGUAACUCCAUACAUUCGGGGCAACAAUUAAACCAUGUGUAAACCUAGAGGAUGUUGUGCGUUUUUUUAGCGAUCAUUCGAUGUGAAACGUGAACACCCCACCCCCCGGCUCCAUUUGGGUUAGAAUUAGCAGUCGGCGGCACUAUUCGGAACAAACCGUCGCAAACAAGCCCGCAAAAAAAAGGGCGUAAAGAAGUGUUUGGGGGGGAAAACGAACACACGAAGCUGAGGUACAUAUGCAGCGUUGCCGUGGUUGAAAUAAAUGAACCAUUCAAUGUAA